AUGAUACGAACGAAUGAAGCAUUCAUUUUUUCACAAUUAUGGCUCAUUAUUGCUACUCGAAGUAUAAAUGACUAUGAACAGAAAGGCCUGGUAUUGAUUCCAGCAAUAAAUUUUAUCCCAGUGAAUAGUCAAAAAACAUCAUCAACUUCAUUUCCAUUUCAACAAACCGAUGAACAUCGUUUACUGAAGGAGCGAAAUCAUAGAUUUCAACAGUAUCAGCCAAAAAAAGAAACCGAAACAUUGGUAAGCAAACAAUCAAGUGAUAUGGAAAAGCCACUUAUCAAAUUCCCGGUUGUGACAUUUGUUCAGACAUAUGCUAGCAACGACACACGAAUGAUUCCUCUGGAAAGUAGUAGUACACUCCAAAAAAUCGCAUUUCCUGUUUUGCCAAACAGCGAAGGUCAUCGGAAGAGGAAGAGGAAAUUAUCGAAUAACAUCGGGGCAUCUGAGGAGGAUAAUGAUGGUAACAAGAAAAAUGAGGAACGCAACAAUGGAUUAAAUAACAAUGCGAUUGAUGUAGAGUUGGAAUUUCAGCGAAAAAUGGAGCGUACCACAAUGAAAGUUCGCAAAUAUCCUCCCGUUACCAAAGCUAGUCCAUCUGCUCUUACUACAAUUAUUCCUGAACAUGUUUCAGGUCCAUCCAUCCUGGUAACUCCGAUUCCGUUACCUUUCACACCUUCUCAUCUACCUUCGCAUGGUUUUGAUUUUGGAAUCCGUACAACAGUUUCAUAUCCAAGUCAUAGUUCAUCUUCACCUUCAUCUAUCAUCCAAGAUCAACUCUAUAGUCGGGAAAUAAUACAGAGACCGAACAUCACAGAAUUAUCCCCAAUUCCUUCUUUCAUAACUGUUUUGCCACCGGUUGCACUACCAAUACCAUUAAGUAAGGCUGAAACAUCGUUUAAUCUUUUUGAUACUCAAUUAAAAAAUUCUGGAAUUGGUGCAGUAAUCAGUGAUCAACGUUACCGGAAUUCAGAUAGUACAGAUUCGAGAAGUACUGAUGUUACACUUGAGAAACAACGUCAAUUACCGGAGAAAAUUCCCAUGCAAAUGCAAAUGCCGCCCCUUGAAUACGAACCGGUUGAUGAUAUAUUGGGCUGUGCAUGGGAUAUUGUUACCAAUAGUUGCAAAGAUUUGUUUUCCUUGAAACUCUGUUCGCAUUGCCAUGAUUUUGGGAAUAUUUUCUUACACAGUUGUAAAUGUCUUGUGAAGCAUACAACGACAUUUUGA